GUAAGACUACAACUCCCAGGCCAGUUAACCCAAGUCACGUUUUCCCAACAUGCACCUCGGCAGUGAGAAGAUGAGGCAAGAUGGCGACUAAAAUAAGCAAAGAGAGUGCUCCUCCCUUUGAUUGUCCAUCAUGGGCAGGAAAGCCACCCCAGGGACUCCAUCUAGACGUGAUGAAGGGAGAUAAAUUAAUGGAGAAACUGAUCAUAGAUGAAAAGAAGUACUACUUGUUUGGGAGGAACCCUGACUGGUGCGACUUCACCAUCGAUCAUCAGUCAUGUUCGCGUGUCCAUGCUGCCCUGAUCUACCACAAACACCUGAAAAGGGUCUUUCUCAUUGACCUCAACAGCACACACGGUACUUUUCUUGGACACAUCCGUUUAGAGGCACACAAGCCUCAGCAAGUUCCCAUAGACUCUACAAUAUCGUUUGGGGCAUCAACAAGAACCUACACCAUCAGAGAAAAACCCCAAACCCAGGGCACCGCCGGCACAGGAGACAGCAAGACCGGAGAGGACGAAGAGCUGAAAGGAUUGCUUGGACUUCCAGAGGAAGAGACGGAGCUGGAGAACCUGACAGAGUUCAACACAGCACACAACAAGCGCAUCUCCCUACUGACCAUCGAGGAGGGCAAUCUGGAAAUCCAGAGACCUAAGCGGAAACGGAGAAACUCCAGGGUUACCUUCAACGAGGAUGACUCCAUCAUCAACCCAGAGGACAUAGACCCCUCGGUGGGACGGUUUAGAAACAUGGUGCAGACUGCUGUCAUCCCUAUCAAGAAACGCAGAUCAGAGGGCCACAACACGCUGGGUCUUGAUGACAUGACUUCAAAGCGCAUCCACAGCUACAACUUGGGCAGUGGUCUCUAUGGGGACUUGCCCCCGACCAGUCAUGAGAACCAGCCAACAGGAGCUCCAGGAGGGGCUUCUCUGCAGGGAGGGCUUCCUCUGCCCUUCCCCAACCCAGCACCAGAGGUGGACCUGGACCCAGAAGCCCACCAGCCUCCUAUCACACUCAACCCCACCCCUGUCACAGCCCCAUACCUACCAGAGACCCACAACGAGCCACGCAAAAAGAAGUAUGCCAAAGAAGCUUGGCCGGGAAAGAAACCCACCCCUUCACUACUCAUCUAACAGGUGUCUUAGCACAUUGUGUUCCAAGCAGAUAAACCAUGGACUGGGACCUGGCUGAGAUGGAGUCCCUCAUUCUCAAUCUCCUUUUUUAUUUGUUACUCAUUGUCAUCACAAAAAGGAUCAACACAAUUUCCUUGUGGUCUGUCAUUAGGUAUCAUCUACUGUACAUCACCAAGUCAGCAUUUUGGUCAGAAAACAGCAAGAGCUUGUUGAUCGUGAACACAAUUAACGUACAUUUACAGGACUUAGCAUGUGAGUCUCAGAGGUACACAUGUCGGUCUGUGAGUGACGGCUACCUGGGUAGGAUGGAUGAUGCGGAGUUAUAUUUUGGAUGUAACGUUGGAAGUUUUUUUUACUAAACAUGUUUCAGAUUUUCUUUUCACUCCCAUGUUUUGAUAAUGCUGUUAAACAAAUGGCACAUGUACUUUUAUAUAAAAUAUUUUACUGUGAGAAGUCAGAGAAUCCAGACAUGAAGUCAGUUUCAAAACACAGGGCUGCUUUUUAUUUGGAAAACCUAAUGAUUCAAUGUGAAACAUUUUCAAUACAUGUAUAAGACCGUUAUAAUCACAACUGUGUUAGGUAUUUGUCCAAAAAGCCACUUGAUGGCGACUUGUGCACAAUGGUCAGAGUUUUCAGUCAGGUUUAGUUGCAGUCUAUGGCCUGUUGCUCUAACCUUGGUCAAAAUCUAUUCAUGGGAUCACAUCAAAGUAGUGUUUUUCCAGUAUAUUGAGUUGUAAAUGGUUUAUGACUGUUUUUAUCAGCAUACUACAACUACAAGGAUUUGACAGGUUCUAUAUUGGCAAUGAACUAGAGUGACGCUAUUUCAUUUCAGAAUUGAAAUGGCAGCACAGUAACAAAAACAAACUUUGCUGCACAAUCAUAAAAGGUAGUAAAAACAAAACAGAUUUAAUAAGUUUUAAUGUUAAUUUAGUGUGUUGACAUUUUUCAAAUCAAACAGUACGGUGCAUUUUACCCUUAACUGAGAGUGAGACAUAGUAACAGCGUUUGCACAGUAGCAGAACAUCUAGGUUAGCCAUGUCAACCUGGUGAACACUGUCCUCCCAUGAAAUGGUGUCCUUACUCCUGGGUUUUUUUGUUGUCUUAAUUCAAAACUUGACCGUAGAGGGGACAGGAGACGUAAAGUGCCCUGGAACAGAAUUCCUGAGACGUAAUCACAAUUCUGCUGUAAACAAAGUGGUUGUUGAAAAAAACUGAGCUCAAGUUGAUGGAAAUAUCAGAUGGCCUUAAUGUUUUAUAGGAAGCUCAAGUGGCCAUUUCAUGGGGUCUUUUCGAAAGAUUGGAUAUUAUGGAAACUCAACAACAAACGAGGUGUUUCCCGUUUACAAACUGCUGGUGACUACAUGUCCUUGUAGGAGUGUGGAUUUUUGUAAUCAUAUGACUGUAAAUAAAAAAUGAAUACUUUUGAAUCAUAA